AUGGGAGGUUCCUUGAUCCAGCGGCUUAGGUCUUGCAAUUCCCUGGCCGAAGCUCAUCAAAUUCACGCCCAGAUCCGUCGCGACGGCCUGGACGUCGAUUGCUACACCUGCAAUGUGAUGAUCCAGGCCUAUGGGCGAUGCGGCAGCGCCCAGCAAGCCCGAUUGAUCUUCGAUGCGAUGAAGAGCAGGGACAAAUUCUCCUGGGACUCGAUCCUCACGGCCUACACCCGCAAUGGGCACCUGGAAGAAGCCUGGGCGGUCUACAACGCCAUGAAGGAAUGGGGGCUCUUUGCGAUGAAUGCGAUGCUGGGCGCACUGGCGUCGAUCGGCAGCAUCCACGAUGCCAAGCAAUUCUUCGAUUCGAUGCCCGGAAGGGACCUUGUCUCCUGGACGCUGCUGCUCAACGCCCUGACGCGAUUGGGGCUCUUGGACGAGGCCCAGGAGCUCUUCAAUCGAUUCCCCGAGACUGAUCUAGUGGCCUGGACGACGGUGUUGAUUUGGCACGCGCGUGGUGGGAGGCUAGCGCGCGCAAAAUCUCUGUUCGAUGCAAUGCCGGAGCGCGAUCUCGUCUCCUGGACUGCGUUGUUUUGGGCAUUUGCCCAGGCGGGGAAUCUCCAGGAAGCUAAAGAGCUGUUCGAUUCCAUUCCGGAACACGACACUGUAGCGUGGACGGCCAUGAUGUCGGCGUACGGCCAGAAUGGCCACCUGAUGAAUGCCAGAAAGACGUUCGAUUCCAUUCCGGAACGGAACAUCUAUACGUGGACGGACAUGAUGAUAACAUAUGCCGAAAGCGGGCAUCUGGGUUUUGCAAAGAGAAUGUUCGAUUCUAUGCCGGAAUGGAAUCUUGUGUCGUGCACCGCCAUGCUAAUAGCUUACGCGCGAUCGGGACAUUCUAAAGAUGCCGAAAGAAUAUUCUAUGCUAUGAAAGAAACCAACACGUACACGUGGACGGCAAUGAUUGCGGCAUUUGCCCAACACGGCCAAGUGGAGAAAGCAAAGGAGCUGUUUGAGAGAAUGCCCGAGAUUAACUUGUACGCGUUAACAUCAUUGUUGUCAGCUUACGCACAAAACGGGUAUCUUAAGCACAGUAAGCUUAUCUUUGAUCAAAUGGAAGAACAUUCCAUAAUUUCGUGGAAUGUGAUGCUAGAUAUGUACGCCCAAGCCGGGCAUUUGGAGGAAUUGAAGUGCCUAUUUGAUUCUAUGCAAGAAAAAGACCUAAGUUCUUACAAUGUAAUGCUGUCAAGCUUCGCACAACAUGGUUACCUUAAAGAAGCGAAACUAAUUUUUGAUAGAAUGGAAAUCAGAAAUCUAAUAUCAUGGACUGCCUUGCUUACUGCAUACGCCAAAAACGGUCAUCUCGAUCGAUCCAAAAGGACAUUUCAAGGCUUGCUAAGCCAAGAUGCAAUCCUUUGGAACUCGAUUAUUGGUGGCUUCGCACAAAAUGUAGAGUCAAGGGAAGCGAUCCAGCUCUUUUACGAGAUGAACCUUGUGGAAACCCCGGACGAAGUCACAUUUUUGUGUGUGCUCCUGGCGUGGUCACACAAAGGAGACGUGUUCUCUGGAAGAAGCUUGUUUCGAUCGAUUUGCUUUGAUUUUGAAAUGGCCCACAAGAAGCAGCAUUACAGCUGCUUGCUGGGAUUGCUCAGUCGAGCUGGUUACUUGAGCGAGGCUGAAGAACUCAUAGCCACCAUGCCAUUUGCGGCCGAGAAUUUAGACUGGACGUGUCUAUUAGGAGCCUGUAAGAGUCACAGGGAUGAGAAGCGAGGAAGUUUUGCGAGUCAAAACGUCUUGGGCUUGGACCCAUCGAAUGGUUCCGCUUAUGUGUUGCUAGCAAAUCUGUAUUCGGCAAAAGAGAGAAAGAAAAUUCCACACGUCAUGUCGUGAAUGACUGCAACGUUGGCAGCAGCAGUGCAGCAUGAUAGUUUAUAACACAAAACGGGGCGUACACUGGUUACCCUGACAUCUUCAAGCUAUUACAUUCUCUAGAACAAUGCUUUUUUUUCUACGUGAUCGCCAUUCAGAAUCUAAUGGUUGGAAUGUAUCAGUUCUGGAGCCCGUCCUUGCUCCGGUCAAACGUUUGCGCCAUCCCGACCUUGAGCAAGAGGCUGCUCAAGAGCCGAGAGCCUGAGUCAAGAGGAUGUUGCUCUGCUUGUGGACCACGUCGACACAGACCAAGGCUGAGAAAGGUGGUGCAAAGCUUUUUUCUUGAAGCUGUUAUGUAGACUUGAGAUUGCCAUGCAGCAGCAAUCCAUACUUGAGGCUGCUGCUGCCGGCACGAUGUGAACGCAAUUUUGUCAACUCGGACACCUUCUAGCCUCAUUAGUCUGAAAAGCUUUGCCCCAAUACCACUGUACUCGUCUCUUCGAGGUUGCCACGUUUGUUUCCAAACCUCCAUAGCAUGAACUUGUCCACAGAGCUGUAGCGCUUGCUGGAUAGUUCUUCACAGAUGAACUUCCUUCUCCUCCUCUUGUCUCGGCCUGUAGUUAUAGUUUUGCUGGAAAGAAAGCCAAGAGUACAAGCUGGCACAAUGACUGGGCUUUAAGGAUCAACGCCUUGUUUGGGAUGCCACAUCGUCCAGAUGUAUGAUCGUGCAACAUGGAAAAAAGUCGCACAGCUGCUGCUGCUGCUUACUAAUGAUUCAGGGAUCCGAACUUCUUAUUGAAAAGAAAUUAAAUUUAAACCAAACAAUAGAAUGUUUAUAAAUUAUAAAUA